GUGUGAUAUCCUGGGUCUCUGGACGGCUGGUUUUAUGCUCACACACCUGCUGAGGAAGUGAGGGUGUGGAUGUGUGCGCGGUAUAUCAAGACGUUCUCGGUCUGGAGUUUUGCCAUUUGCAUGGAUUAGAGUUUGAUCUCGUUAGGAUGUACAAGCGUCGGGAUUACGUCGAACUCUACGAGAAGGAUCAGGCAAAGUGGGCCUUAGUACGAAAUGUCAACACUGUGUUCAAACACAGCACCCUAUUACCGGGCGACUAUGUCUGGCUGGACCUCAAGACAGGCCGGGAAUUUGAGGUCCCGAUCGGAGCCGUGGUGAAGCUCUGUGAUUCUGGUCAGAUCCAAGUCUUGGAUGAUGAAGGAAAUGAACACUGGAUCUCUCCCCAAAAUGCCACCAACAUCAAGCCGAUGCACCCCACCUCCAUCCACGGGGUGGAGGACAUGAUUCGACUGGGGGAUCUGAAUGAGGCGGGGAUCCUCCGGAACCUUCUCAUCCGCUACAGAGAACAUCUCAUCUAUACUAACUGUGGUGGUCGGACGUAUACCGGGUCCAUCUUAGUGGCUGUAAACCCGUAUCAGCUGCUGCCCAUCUAUACGGCAGACCAGAUUCGACUCUACACCAAUAAGAAGAUCGGAGAGAUGCCUCCACACAUCUUUGCCAUCGCUGAUAACUGUUACUUCAACAUGCAACGCAACAACAAAGACCAGUGUUGUAUCAUAAGUGGUGAGUCUGGAGCAGGAAAAACAGAAAGUACCAAGUUGAUUCUACAGUUUUUGGCUGCUAUCAGUGGGCAGCACUCCUGGAUUGAGCAGCAGGUGCUGGAGGCGAAUCCCAUCUUAGAAGCCUUUGGGAAUGCUAAAACCGUCCGUAAUGACAACUCCAGCCGUUUUGGGAAGUACAUCGACAUUCACUUCAACAAAAGAGGAGCUAUAGAGGGAGCAAAGAUUGAACAGUACCUUCUGGAGAAAUCCAGAGUGUGUCGACAGGCCCGUGAUGAGAGAAACUACCACAUUUUCUACUGUAUGUUAAAGGGAAUGACUCCAGACCAGAAGAAGAAACUAGGCUUGGGUAAAGCCGCAGACUACACCUACCUUACCAUUGGAAGCUGCACUGUUUGUGAUGGUCGUGAUGAUCAGAAGGAAUACUCAAACAUCCGUUCGGCCAUGAAGGUCCUCAUGUUCACAGAAAAGGAGAACUGGGAGAUUUCCAAGCUGCUAGCCGCUAUUCUGCACAUGGGCAACCUGAACUACGAGGCUCGCACGUAUGAUAAUUUGGAUGCCUGUGAGGUGGUGCGUUGCUCAAAUCUCACCACUGCUGCUUUUUUAUUAGAGGUGGACAUGAAGGACCUGAUGAAUUGCUUGACCAGUCGAACCAUAAUAACCCGUGGAGAGACGGUGUCCACUCCUCUCAGUAUUGAGCAGGCGCUGGACGUGCGAGAUGCCUUUGUUAAGGGUAUAUAUGGACGCUUGUUUGUGUGGAUUGUUGAGAAAAUCAAUGCAGCCAUUUAUAAGCCUCCAUCCCUUGAGCUCAAAGUGGUGCGGAGAUCCAUCGGCCUGCUCGACAUAUUCGGCUUUGAGAACUUCACAGUUAACAGCUUUGAGCAGUUGUGUAUCAACUUUGCCAAUGAAAACCUGCAGCAAUUCUUCGUCCGUCAUGUUUUCAAGCUGGAGCAGGAAGAAUAUAACCUUGAGAACAUUAACUGGCAGCACAUUGAGUUCACUGACAACCAGGACGCCUUGGACAUGAUCGCCAUAAAGCCCAUGAAUAUCAUCUCUCUCAUUGACGAGGAGAGCAAGUUUCCCAAGGGUACAGACACCACCAUGCUGAACAAGCUCAACUCUCAACACAAACUCAACACCAACUACAUUCCACCUAAAAACACUUAUGAAACACAGUUUGGCAUCCAGCACUUUGCUGGUGUGGUCUACUAUGAGACCAAAGGUUUUCUGGAGAAGAAUCGAGACACCCUGCAUGGUGACAUCAUUCAGCUUGUGCACUCCUCCAAAAACAAAUUCAUCAAGCAGAUCUUUCAGGCGGAUGUUGCUAUGUUUUUGUGUGGUUAUGUGUCUGCUGACAGUCUUGGCAAAGCAGGUUCACUCCAUAAGGGGGCGGAGACCAGAAAACGUUCCCCGACUCUGAGCAGUCAAUUCAAGCGCUCUCUUGAGCUGUUGAUGCGCACGUUGAGUGUGUGUCAGCCGUUCUUCGUCCGCUGCAUCAAACCCAAUGAGUUCAAGAAACCCAUGCUCUUUGAUCUUGAGCUGUGCGUGAGGCAGCUCCGGUAUUCUGGGAUGAUGGAAACCAUCCGGAUUCGCCGGGCCGGAUACCCCAUCCGCUACACUUUCGUCGAGUUUGUGGACAGAUACCGCGUUUUGAUGCCCGGAGUGAAACCUGCUUACAAACAGGAGGACCUUAGAGGAACCUGUCAGCGUAUCGCUGAAGCCAUAUUGGGCCGUGAUGAUGAUUGGCAGAUGGGAAAAACAAAGAUAUUCCUGAAGGACCACCAUGACAUGCUGCUGGAAAUCGAGAGAGACAAGGCCAUAACUGAUAAGGUCAUCCUCAUUCAGAAAGUUGUCAGAGGAUUCAAGGACAGAUCCAACUUCUUAAAGUUGAAGAAGUCCGCCAUGUUGAUCCAGAAAACAUGGAGGGGUUAUAACUGCCGGAAGAACUACUCAGCGAUGCGCGGUGGUUUCUCACGUCUGCAGGCAUUGUAUCGAUCUCGCAAACUCUACCAGACGUACCAUGUUACGCGACAGAGAAUGAUCCUUUUUGAGGGCCGCUGCAGAGGAUACCUGGUGCGCCGGGCGUUUCGACACCGUCUUUGGGCCGUCAUCACCAUCCAGGCGUAUACGAGGGGAAUGAUCGCCCGCCGACUCUACAAAAGACUCAAAGGAGAGUACCGGCGGCGUUUGGAAGCGGAGAAGAUGCGAUUGGCUGAGGAGCAGAAGUUUAGGAACCAGAUGAGUGCCAGGAAGGCCAAAGAAGAAGCCGAAAAGAAGCAUCAGGAAAGAUUGGCACUGCUGGCGCGAGAGGAUGCCGAGCGCGAGAAGAAGGAUCGAGAGGAGGCGCGGAGGAAAAAGGAAAUGUUGGACCAGAUGGAGAAAGCACGACAUGAGCCGGUCAACGACUCUGAUAUGGUGGACAAGAUGUUUGGCUUUUUGGGAACCACAAACUCAUUCCCUGGUCAGGAGGGUCAAGCGCCUGCUGGGUUUGAGGACCUGGAGCGAACGCACAGGGAGCUUGAGGAAGAAGACCUGGAUGAAGCUCUUCCUCUCCCAGAGGAUGAUGUGGAAGACUUGUCGGAGUACAAAUUUGCCAAGUACUCUGCCACAUAUUUCCAGGGUACGACCACUCACACUUACGUGCGCCGCCCGCUUAAACAGCCGUUACUGUUUCACGAGGACGAAGGAGAUCAGCUGGCUGCUCUGGCCGUGUGGAUCACGAUUCUCCGGUUCAUGGGUGACCUUCCAGAACCCAAAUACCACACGGCCAUCAGCGACGGCAGCGAGAAGAUUCCUGUCAUGACCAAGAUCUACGAGACGCUUGGCAAGAAAACCUACAAGAGAGAGCUGCAGGCUCUGCAGGGAGAAGGAGAGAACACUCACAUUGACAGUCACAAAAAGAGCAGUGUGCGUCACAAGCUGGUGUCGCUCACCCUGAAGAAGAAGUCGAAGAUUACAGAGGAGGUGACGAAGCGUCUGAAUGAUGGUGAAUACACAGUCCAUGGAAACAGCAUGCUGGAGGACCGACCCACAUCCAAUCUGGAGAAGCUACACUUUAUCAUCGGCAACGGCAUCCUUCGGCCAGGCUUGAGAGAUGAGAUCUACUGUCAGAUCUGUAAGCAGCUGACCCAGAAUCCCUCUAAAAGCAGUCACGCCCGCGGCUGGAUCCUCAUGUCUCUGUGUGUCGGCUGCUUCGCUCCAUCCGAGAAGUUUGUGAAGUACCUGAGGAACUUCAUCAGUGAGGGUCCUCCGGGUUACGCUCCCUAUUGUGAGGAGAGACUGAGGAGAACGUUUGUGAACGGAACAAGAACACAACCACCAUCCUGGCUAGAGCUUCAGGCCACAAAAUCAAAGAAGCCGAUAAUGCUACCUGUGACGUUUAUGGACGGAACCACAAAAACACUUUUGACGGACUCUGCGACCACAGCCAUGGAGCUCUGCAACGCACUGUCCGACAAGAUCAGCCUCCAGGAUCGAUUCGGCUUCUCGCUGUACAUUGCUCUGUUUGAUAAGGUUUCCUCUCUGGGCAGCGGUAAUGAUCACGUGAUGGACGCUGUUUCCCAGUGUGAGCAGUACGCUAAAGAGCAGGGCGCUCAGGAGCGCAACGCCCCCUGGAGGUUGUUCUUCAGGAAGGAGAUAUUCACCCCCUGGCACGACCCAGCGGAGGACGCCGUCGCUACAAACCUUGUCUACCAGCAGAUCGUGCGUGGCGUCAAGUUUGGCGAAUACCGCUGUGAUCGGGAGGAUCUAGCGGAGCUGGCGUCACAACAGUACUACGUGGACUACGGCUCUGAGAUUCUUGUGGAACGCCUGUUAAGUCUUAUUCCAUCCUACAUCCCGGACAGAGAGAUCAGCUCGGCCAAAACCGUGGAGAGAUGGGCUCAGCUCAUAAUGGCUGCACACAAAAAGGGAAUCUACACUCAGAAGAGGGUGGACCCUCAGAAAGUGAAGGAGGAAGUCGUGGAUUUUGCUCGUUAUAAGUGGCCUUUGUUAUUCUCAAGAUUCUACGAGGCCUUUAAAUUCUCAGGUCCUAGCCUACCCAAGAAUGACGUGAUAGUGGCUGUAAACUGGACAGGCGUUUACUUUGUGGACGAGCAAGAGCAGGUUCUUUUGGAGCUUUCUUUCCCAGAGAUCACCGGUGUGUCCAGCAGCAGAGGGGGGAAGCUUCAGGCCCAGAGCUUCACGUUAGCCACCAUCAAAGCAGAGGAGUACACGUUCACCUCUAAUAAUGCAGAGGACAUCCGGGACCUGGUGGUCACCUUCCUAGAGGGUCUCAGGAAGAGAUCCAAGUUUGUUGUGGCCUUACAGGACAACCCCAGUCCAGCUGGCGAUGAUUCGACGUUCAUGAGCUUCCUAAAAGGCGACCUCAUUCUGCUGGACCAGGACACGGGCGAGCAGGUCAUGACGUCAGGCUGGGCCCACGGGAUCAACGACAGAACCAAACAGAAAGGAGAUUUCCCUGCCGACUGUGUUUAUGUGCUGCCCACAGUCGUUAGACCUGCACCUGAAAUCGUGGCUUUGGUUACCAUGACACCAGACCAACGUCAGGAGUCAAUCCGGAUUUCCCAUGUCCCUAUAACGGAGACGGAGGAGAGGAUAAAGCCGUAUACUCUGGAGGAAUUCUCAUACGACUACUUCAGGCCUCCUCCCAAACACACUCUCAGUCGAGUGAUGAUCACCAAGAACCGCGGGAAGGACAAACUGUGGAGCUGCACUCGAGAACCCAUCAAGCAGGCCCUUCUGAAGAAGUGUGUGGGCCAUGAGGAGCUUUCCCAGGAGGCCUGCAUGGCUUUCAUUGCUAUAAUGAAAUAUAUGGGCGAUUAUCCAUCUAAGCGGACUCGUUCUGUGAACGAGCUCACGGAUCAGAUCUUCGAGAGUGCGCUGAAGGCGGAGCCUCUUAAAGACGAGAUUUUCUGCCAGAUACUCAAACAAAUGACUGACAACCACGUCAAGUACAGUGAGGAGAAGGGCUGGGAGUUGCUUUGGCUGUGUGCCGGUCUCUUCCCUCCCAGUAACGUCCUCUUACCACACGUCCAGAGGUUUCUACAGUCGAAGAAACAUCACCCGUUGGCUCCUGACUGCAUGCAGAGACUGCAGAAAGCUUUACGGAACGGGUCCCGAAAAUAUCCCCCUCACCUGGUCGAGGUGGAGGCUAUUCAGCACAAGACCACACAGAUCUUUCAUAAAGUGUACUUUCCUGAUGACACAGAUGAGGCGUUUGAGGUGGAGUCCAGCACGAAGGCCAAAGACUUCUGCCUGAACAUCUCCACCAGACUGCUGCUCAAAUCACCUGAAGGCUUCAGUCUGUUUGUCAAGAUCUCCGAUAAGGUGAUAAGUGUACCUGAGGGUGAUUUCUUCUUUGACUUUGUCCGCCAUUUGACAGACUGGAUCAAGAAAGCAAGACCCGCUAAAGAAGGUAUAGUGCCUUCAUUGACCUACCAGGUGUUUUUCAUGAAGAAGCUGUGGACGAUCACAGUUCCAGGCAAAGACUCCUUCGCAGACUCCAUCUUCCAUUAUUAUCAGGAACUUCCUAAGUAUCUCCGUGGAUACCACAAAUGCUCCAGAGAAGAGGUUUUCCAGCUCGGCGCUCUGAUCUACCGGGUCAAAUUUGAGGAUGACAAAUCCCACUUUCCCAGUAUUCCCAAGAUGCUGAAGGAGCUGAUUCCUCAGGACCUGAUCCGCCAGCUCUCGCCUGACGACUGGAAAAGGUCGAUUGUGGCGUUCUUCAACAGACAAGCUGGGAAAUCAAGGGAAGAAGCCAAGCUGAUGUUUCUGAAGCUCAUUUUCAAAUGGCCCACGUUUGGUUCAGCCUUUUUUGAAGUGAAGCAAACCACCGAGCCACACUUCCCCGAGAUCCUGCUGAUAGCCAUCAACAAAUAUGGAGUCAGCCUAAUCGACCCCAAGAACAAGGAUAUUUUAACCACGUAUCCCUUCACGAAGAUUUCCAACUGGAGCAGCGGGAACACGUACUUCCACAUCACUAUCGGGAACCUGGUUCAAGGCAGCAAACUUCUGUGUGAGACUUCACUGGGCUACAAAAUGGAUGACCUGUUGACGUCCUACAUUAGCCAGAUGUUGACCACCAUGAGCAAGCAGCGUAACUCCCGCGGCCACAGCAAGUGAACGUUUGAUUGGCGUGAGGCGGUGGAGCUGGUGCGUCUGCUGCGCCCUAUUGGUCGGCCCUGUAGCUGGGGGCGGGCCUUCGCGUCCCAGCUGUGGCGAAUGAGCCGCACCCCCUCUGCCAGCUCCCAGGGCUCCGUGUACCCCGAUGAAGACUCUUCUUCAUCUGCCUCCAGUGAGGAUGACUACCUCUGAGCAAAGCUGAAGGGACUUUGCCUCCUUAGAAAUGGCGUGAAGAACCUGAUUUAUGUGUCUUUUGUUGGAUGGUUUGCUCCAGAAUAUGUGUUCUACAGUAUGACUUAAUGCACAAUUUAGGUACCAUUUAAUACGUUUUGUGAAAUCCAGCCAAGUCAAACACGAACUGGAAUGGCUUCGCUACAUGCAUCGCAAAGCGUUCAUCAACAUUUUGGAAUUUUCCGCUGUAUUCCUCACAAUCACUGCAGUGAACGAACAGUAUUUGGAUUCUUUAGGUGGUAAACAACACUGUUAAUGCACAAGAAAAAUACUUGCCUGAGUUUCUAGGGGUUUUGAUAGAAUUCGAGAAUUCUGUGAUUUCAAUUUAAGUUUUUAAAAUAUUGUUAAACUGCAUGCCUUACUACUAUUUUUUUUUUUUUUUUUUGAAUAUUGGUAACCGUUUUUACAGGCUUGAAAAAUUGUUACAUGUUCAACAUUCAUGCAGCUAUGACUUGUAGUGUACGUGUACUUUAGGAAGGAAAAAAGAGAAUGUUAAAAUUGCAUCCCUAGAAACAAGUCGAGAACUGUUUCAGAUCGUAUUUCUCCCAUUUCAAGCAAAAUAAAGAAAUUAUAUUUUGCAUACAGGAAAAUGAAAUGUUUUUAGAAAGCUAGUUGUAGAAGUCUAUUGGUUGCACUGCCUUUGAUGUAUAAUAUAAAAACAUUAAAAAGUAAUAAAAAAAAGUGCAUUUUAUAGUGCAUAAAAAUGUCCAGAAGCACUGGGAUUCAUUGAGAUAAAGAAAAUUAGUAGGCAUUACAUAGCGUAUACCAUAAAAAAAAAAUCUUCAUGCUUUUGAAAACAAGAUUCAAUGUAAAAAUGUAAUUUUGUCUUUCUUUCUUCCUUUGAAAUGAUUUUGGGUUGAAAUGUGACCUAGACAUGUUUCCACGAGAUUCGCCCAGUAGCUGAUAAAUAGAUACGAUAGAAUGACGCCGUAGUUUUCCAUUUUUGAAACUGUUGAUGCUUGUGUAUAUUGGAAGAGUAGGUUUGAUCUGUUAGACUUUUUCUUCAGUUCAUUUAUGGCCUUUAUUUGCACCAAUAUGUCCUUCAGCACAAUUAUUUGACUGACUCACUGUGACAUCAGAAACUCAC